GACACGUCGCGAAGUGGAUUUGGUGUUUACCUCCCUCUGAUCCUUCGCUGCCGCGCCGUGCCCCUUCCGAUGACUCCUCGAGUGAAGUUUUCGUCGACGGCGAGCUCGGCGGGGCUGACCGUCACCAUGUCGUCGUCGGCGCAGGCCGUGGACCAGGCGACGCUGGACAGCAUCGCCCGGAACCGGAACCGGCUUCUCCGGCUCGCCGACAACAUCAAGGUGCGUAAGAAGCCCGGCUCCAAACGGGGUGCCGUCGACCUGCGAAUGGACCCCGGCUACACGAACAUCGAGCACCUCGUGUUCGGCACGUACCGACCGCGAACCUCUAUGCCGGCCGCCGGCAACGCUGAACCUCCGCAACCAACGCAGCAGCCGGCGGCAGCACCGGCUCCUGCGCCGCACUUGCCUGCGGAGCCUACGGCGGCGGCGUCCGCGCUGCUGUCCACACCUCCGCCCACGCGAUGCGAGUGCAGCGCUCACAGCCCUCGGCGGCGCGUUCCGCCCUUUGGCGAGCAGCAGGGAGCAGCGUCGGAUGACGCCUGCCCCGGCGCGGACCAGCGAGCCAGCCGCACGGAACGGCCACCGGCGGCCGGUCAUGCGUGGCCGGGAUCGUCAACCGGAGGCGUACAACAGGACGCACUAGCCGCCACGGCGGUGGGCGACGCGGCUCACACGCACGGCGACAUGUCGCGGGUGCUGCCGCAGCCGCACGCCACCGCGGGAUGCGUCGACGCCGGUCGUAGAAACAACUCCAAGAGAGUGGCCCGGUCCGGCUCGUUGCAGGCACGGACGACGUCGUGCUCCAGACAGGAGACGGAGACGAAGCCGCUGCCCUCCUCGUCCCUGACGUCCCACCCACCGGGCAAGGUGGAAGAGGCCAAGAUCAUCCAGGUCGACCUGCACGCGGCGUCGAGACCCAAGCUUCGCGAGCCGCCCGUCGUCUACUCGCUUCAGCCCACGGGCGGUGACUUCGCUGCGCGUGAACUGAGAGUGGUGAGCACGAGCGGCGCGUCGCAGCCAUCGGCGAUACCGAAGCCUAGGACUCGCAAAAUACCGGCGGGAAGCGGCGGUGGCGGCGAGCAGGAAGGUGUUCGCUCGCAUGUUGUCGUCGACGCUCGAGCGAGGAGAGUGCCGCCGCAGCAGCAGCCGAUCGUCAUAGCGCCUGCGGCGAGGCGCCAGCCGCCGCCGAGGUCGCACUCGAUAAACGCGCGGGAUGUGCACGUCCCGCCGUCGUCGUCGUCGGUGUUCAGAAAAGCGGCCUCGGUGUCGGAGAAGAUGCCCGUCAAACCCGUCACGAUACCUGUGAUUCGCAACUCGUCCAUCCAUCGGUGGUCGACAGGUCCGAAGGCUUCACAAAUGACUCUGCCCAGAACUCGACCCAAGGCGUCCGAAGAGCGCGCGAAGCCCGCCAAGAAUGGCGUCAAGUUCGCGGAGCCGCUGCAGCAGUGCAGUAAUACGGUGUCCUCUCCUGUUCGCGUGUCGACUGUGCUGCUCAACGGAACUAAGGGUUGUGACGGCAGAGUUACUUCCGGAGUGAAUGGACCUACUCGUGACUCCACCGCAAGUGCCGUUACCGUGGUGCCGCCGCCGCCGCCUCCGUGCUGCAGGCCCCCGACGCUACCGCCCAAGAGUUCCAAGGAAGCCGUGCCGGAAAUCGUGCCAAAAGCGAGACAACCAGCGGUCUCCCGACGGCAGGUGCCCCCACCGCCGUGCCAAAACACUAACGUCAACGAGGACCGAACAACGCUUCUCAAUGGUUCGACUUCCGCAAUGUUGCCUUCCACUACAUUCACGUUCUCCCCAAAGCCCGUGCCGCGAAAGGACGUGAGACCGGCGGACGUGCUUCCGCUCUCCCCUUGGCGAGGCAUACAAGCGAGGCCUCCUCCUCCGCCGUCCAGCGACCCUGUCGUGGACGCCUUGCUGUUGGCCAACACGUGCAUUUCACCUCCCGGCAUGUUCAAGGACCGGGACAUCACCGACCAGACUGGUUGCAAAGUGCCACCACCGCCACCGCCUCCGCAGCUCACGGAGUCCACCCUGUCCCGCUGGGUCGGCAACACCAGCCGCGAGUCCGCGAGACUUCUGAACGAGCUCGCCAUGUUUGCGGAGUCCAAGCUGCCGGGCCGGCUGACGAACGAACCGAAGUCCAGGAGCGGACUGGCGAUCGGUGCGGCCGAGACGUGGUUCGACAGCCUGCGCAAGGACACAUGCGAAGAACCCGUGGCAGCGGCGCUGCAGUCGCCGGUGCGCGAAGUUCGCGACAGCACCUCGCACUUGCUGCCUUUGGCGUGUAGUGCCACCGCGAGAACCGCGCCGUCGCAGAGUGCCGCGUAUCCCGGCAGCCCUUCCAUCGGCAGGGCUUCCAAUGGCAAACUGCUGGUCACCAUGCGGUCACAUUCCACCGAGGACGCGGUUGAAGACGUCGCUGACGACGUCCGAGCCUCGCCGCGAGUCCGAAAGUCAAACUCCGCCGAGGUUGCCGGAAUCGUUAGGGAAACGACGCCCUGUGGAUCUCCCGCGACGUACCGUUCCCCGAGACUGAUGAAUGGUGGGAGUUCCUCGCCGGCCCACGCGCAGUUGUACGUUCACCAGGGUUCGCCUCAUUUGCAACGACAGCCGCAGCAGCAACCACAACAGCAACCACAACAGCAGCAGCAUCACCUUCAACCCGUGGCUUUCUCGCCGACGCGGUCACCUUACCGCCGAAAGAGCACUGGUCAGCAGCCUGUCGCAGUAUCGUCGAAGGUGUUGAUGUCUGACAUUGAGGAGCGGGACGAGAACUCUUCGUCAAGUGCGGCCAGCAGGGCCGCUGCCGGACAACACGAGGACCUGGACUGUACGCUCAUGCAGUCGUCCCAGUCUUCCUCGUCGUCUACGUCGUCUAGCAGCACCCUCUCCGAGAGCAACGGAGUGAGUGUCGUUGUGCGCUUAACCAGCUGGGACCAGAGGUCCUCGUCAGCGCCUUCACUGCGCACGGCGGGGCCGCAGACACCCACCAGGUCGUCCCCGCUUUCGGCCCAGAGUCCUUCAUUCGCGGUGAACGGUGGUGUCACAAACGGUUACCUCUGGAUGCCCAAGUCGUUCUCCGAGUGCAACGGUUCUUUAGGAUGCGACACACUGAACCAUGAGGAUUCAUGGGCUAAGGGCUCGGUACCCGCGGACGUACCUAGUGAACUAAAAUGCAAUAGUACGACCGGGACAUCUCGCUGCAUACAGGUAAGUUUUAACGUUACACGCGCCCGUACAACCCUCUCCCCGCGACAGCUCGGUGGCUGUGACAUGUCACGAGGGAAGAACAAGAAGAAGCACCAUACGACGACGACGACCCUUUCCCUCGUCGGUGCCGAGGACGGUUACGCCGAGAGCGCGACGAUGCACUACAUCAAGCUGCCACUGUCCGUGCAGAUGGCUCUCAUCGUGGACGCAUUGCGCUGCAGGAGCCCCCGUUACAGGAUUCUCGUCAAUGCGGACAGCUUCUCGAGGAAGAGCGCUCCUCGUCUCGUGUGCUACAACUGUGACGGCUCUGGUGGAUUUUGA